UGUUGAACUUUUCAUGCUUCAGACACAAAAUCUAAUGAUGGACCCCCGUACCAGUGCCCAGGAUGUGAUGCGAUGUGACCUGUGUGAGACCGCUGUGGUACAGAUGCACUGUGAUACAUGUCUUAUCAACCUGUGUAAGGCCUGUGUGGGAGAACACAUCUCAAAAGGUGAAUCCAAUGUUCACAAAGUUGUCAAAUUUCAGGACAGGAAAUUGACUACCCUCUAUAUAGCAUGUACAACUCAUGAUAAAGAACGAUGUAAAAUGUACUGUAAACAAUGUGAUAUUCCUGUCUGCAUCAGCUGCAUUUCAUCUAAUCAACAUUUAGGUCAUGAAUUAUCUAAAAUCUUGCAAGUUCUGGAUGAAAAGAAAGACACAUUUACAAAAGAAAGAAAUGAAUUAAAUGAUACCGUUUAUCCAACCUACCAGGACAUUGCCUCUGAUGUACAAAACAGAAUAAGUCAGUUAGAAAAGGAAUAUGGAGAUCUCUCAACAGCCAUAUCAAAACAUGGAGAGGACUGGCACAGAGAAAUUGACAAACUUGUCAAGAAACUUAAAGCUGAAGUUGAUGAGAUGAAAAACACACAGUUACAAACUCUACAGAAACAUCUGGAUGAAAUAAACAAGACAAUGUCUGACAUCAAGGAUGAAAUCAAUUCAGUUGAAAUAGCUAUAGACACUAAUGACAUGUCAAAACUAUUUAGUGUCACAUCCAAUGUACACACAUACAGAAAUCUUCCACACAAAAUAAUGCCGACUUUACCCAAAUUCAUUCCAGGAAAAAUCCAAGGAGAAGAACUUAGUAAACUGUAUGGAGCCUUAUCAUCAAGUUCUCUAACAUCAGAUAAACAUGGCUACAGCAUGAAGACAACACAGAAAUCACCAGAAGCUGGAUCCUCUCCUCCAGUCAAACAGCUGCUUGAUCAACCAGAGACUGUCACCACCAUAGACAACACUGGGUAUGAAUACCUUUACAAUGUGGCCUGUCUGAGUGAUGAAGAAAUCUGGACAGGUGGGAAUGACAGCACCAUGAAACUCUUCAGCAUCAAUCGGGGAUCACUACUUAAGUCAAUCAGAACCAAGUCAGGGAAAAUACCGUCUAACAUAGCAGUGACAAAAAGUGGAGAUCUAGUUUAUACUGAUUACUGGCAUAGAACUGUGAACAUUGUGAAGAAUGAGAAGAUAGAGGAGGUGAUCAGACUACAGAACUGGAAACCUAAAGGUGUCUGUAGUACCUCCUCUGGUGAUCUCCUGGUUAUCAUGGACAGUAAAGAUAAAAAACAAACAAAAGUUGUCUGUUACUCUGGCUCCACAGAGAAAAAAACCAUUCAGUUUGAUGAUAAAGGUAAACCUCUCUAUUCAUUUGAUACUACAUGUACAUACAUAACUGAGAACAAGAACCGUGAUAUCUGUGUGUCUGACAAUGCAGUAGUGGUGGUUAAUCAGGCCGGGAAACUGAGAUUCAGGUACACUGGACAUACUCCUGCUCCAAAGAAUGAACCAUUCAAUCCACGAGGAAUCACGACAGACAGUCAGAGUCACAUCCUUAGAGCUGAUUGUAACAAUCACUGUGUCCACAUCAUAGACCAGGAUGGACAGUUCCUCUGUUACAUAGACUGUGGACUGAGUGUACCCUGGGGACUGUGUGCAGAUGCAAAUGACAAUCUGUUUAUUGCUCAGUGUCAUUGGUUAAAAAGACAAGUGAAGAAAAUCAGAUAUCUGCAGUGAUAUGCAUUAAUGUGUUGUAUUCUAUAUAGGUAAUUCAAUAAAAGAGGAAUGCAAUAUUACU